AUGAAAGAAAAGACCAAAAAGAACAAAGUAGAAGAGGAGGAGGAAGAGGAGGAGGAAGAGGAAGUAGUGGAAGAGGUAGCUGAGGAGGUGGCAGAGGAGGCAGUUGAGGAAGACAGGGAAGAUGAAAGCCAGGAGAAAAAAGGCAAAAAGUCAAAGUCUGAGGACUCAGAGAAUGAUAGGGAAGUGAAGAGGAAGAAAAAGAAAAAAACCAAGCGAAGGGAGUAUAGCAUUUAUGAGGUGGUGACAGUGACAGGAGAUGUCCGGGGAGCUGGAACUGACGCCAACGUCUUCGUUACUCUCUUUGGAGAGUUUGGGAUUACUCCCAAGACUCAUCUCACAAGCAAGAGCAGCACAGCCUUUGAGAGGAGCAAAACAGACGUGUUCCGAGUAAAAACCAACAACGUUGGACAAAUAAAGAAAAUAAGGAUUGAGCACGAUAACACCGGGCUGAACGCAGGCUGGUUCCUCGACCGUGUGAUCGUGACCGACAUGAACAGGCCUCACCUCCGGUUUUACUUCCCCUGCAACAACUGGCUGAGCAAGGAGGAUGGGGAUGGGCUGUACGUCAGAGACCUCAUCGGCAGCCUGAAUCCCAUGGAUGUGCCCAAAAUCAACAAGUACGUGGUCCGAGUUUUCACUGGUGAAGUCAGUGGCAGUGGAACAGACGCAGAUGUCUUCAUUAAUAUCUUUGGUGAGAAAGGAGACACAGGUGUGAGGAGACUGGACAAUGACAAAGACAACUUCGAAAAAGGAGCAGAGGACAAGUUCACACUUGAUGCUCCAAAUUUGGGAAAGUUAAGGAAAAUUAAUAUAGGUCAUAAUAACAAGGGUGGCUCUGCUGGCUGGUUCCUCUCAAAGGUGAUCAUUGAAGACAUUGGCAAUAAGUGUGUGUACCAAUUCCCUGUUGGACGCUGGUUUGCUUUAGAUGAAGAUGAUGGAAAAAUCCAGAGGGACAUUCUUGUCGAUGGCACUGAAGCCACAGGUAUUGUGUACAAUGUUGCUGUAGUGACAGGAGACAUCAGAGGAGCUGGCACAAACUCCAAGAUCCACGUAAUCCUCCAUGGCUCCAAAGGCUUAAAGAACAGUGGGACCAUUUUCUUGGAAGGAGGUGAAUUUGAGCGUGCCAGGACAGAUCUCUUUAAUGUGGAGAUAGCUGCUCUUCUCAGCCCUCUCAGCAGAGUCACCAUUGGUCAUGAUAACUGCGGUGUCAGUUCUGGCUGGUUUUGUGAGAAGGUGGUGGUUUACUGCCCAUUCACUGGUAUUGAGCAAACCUUCCCAUGUGGGAAAUGGCUGGAUGAAGAUGAAGGAGAUGGUCUCAUAGAGAGGGAGCUCUAUGAAAUGGUCUCCCUGCGCCAGAGAAGACUGAAAAAAAGCCCCUGGUCUCUGUGGAUCUGGACAAGUGACAUUAAGAAUGCAGGGACAGAUGCCACCAUCUUCUUCCAGAUUUAUGGAGACAAGGGGAAGUCAGAUGAGAUGAAGCUGGACAACAACUCAGACAACUUUGAAACUGGACAGACUGACAAGUUCAUGAUUGAGCUCCCUGAUCUGGGCACAUUUUACAAGCUUCGGAUAUGGCAUGAGAAAAGAAAUCCUUUUGCUGGCUGGCAUCUGAACAAGGUAACUCUGCUGAAAACGCUGACAAAAGAAAAAUACACGUUCAGCUGCGGCCGCUGGCUAGAUAUAAAUGAAGAUGACAAUGAGAUCGUGAGGGAGCUCCCUGCAGAGGGACCUCUAGUGACUGAAGUCAUGCCAGUGAUAAAGUACCGGGUGACAGUUUGCACUGGCACGGUAAGUGGGAGUGGCACAGAUGCCAACGUCUUUGUCUGCCUCAUCGGCGACCAGGGAGACACAGGAGAGAGAGUUCUCUACAACUGCAUCAACACUGUCAAUAAAUUUGAAAAAGGCAAUGCUGAUGAAUUCUUCGUUGAAGCAGUAACGCUGAAGCAGGUGAGGAGAGUGAGGAUAGGGCAUGAUGGCAAAGGAGGAAGCAGUGGCUGGUACCUUGCCAAAGUGAUAGUGAGGGAAGAAGGACAGCCAGAAAGUGAGGCUGUGGAAUUCCCCUGCUACAGAUGGCUUGACAAAAAUGAGGAUGAUGGUCAGAUUGUCCGAGAAUUAGUGCCUGCUGGGGAGUCACCAAUGCUAAAAAAUGUCAGUUACCACAUCAGUGUGAAGACUGGAGAUAUCCCUGGUGCCAGCUCAGACUCCAAAGUUUUCAUCAAACUCUAUGGUGAAAAAGCAGACUCCAGCAAAGAGCCUCUCCUAGUCUCUGAUAAUGAUCUAGGCAAUUAUUUUGAACGUGGUCGAGUAGAUGAGUUUACCCUAGAUAUGAUGGAUAUUGGGAAGAUCAGCCGAAUACUGAUCGGACAUGACAACGUGGGUCUCCGUUCUGGCUGGUUCCUUGCCAGUGUCCAGAUCACAGUUCCAGUCCAGGGAAGGCAAUACAUGUUCCCCUGCAACCGAUGGCUCGACAAGGAUGAGGCUGAUGGCAGGGUGGAGGUGGAGGUCUACCCAAGUGAGAUUGUGCCUAUUGAGAAACUGAUAAACUACGAGGUGUCUGUAGUCACUGGAGACGUGCGGGCCGCAGGCACCAAUGCCCAAGUCUUCAUGCAGAUUUACGGAGAGACUGGAAAAACUGAACUGAUGAUCCUAGAAAACAGGUCAAACAACUUCGAACGAGGAGCCACAGAUACUUUCAAGAGAGAGGCUGCAGAUGUUGGCAAGAUUUAUAAGAUUCGGAUAGGCCAUGAUGGGACAGGCAUUGGGGAUGGCUGGUUCCUGGAAAGUGUCACACUGAAGAGGCUUGAAGAAGAGGAGAGCCAGGUGGAGGAAGUGAUGGAUGUCUAUACAUUUGUGGCCCAUCGCUGGCUGGCUAAAGAUGAAGGAGAUAAGGAGCUUGUGGUGGAGCUGGUACCUGAUGGAGAAUCUGACCUGGAGGAGAAUACAUAUGAGGUCCGUGUUCUCACUGGGAAUGUGUUUGGGGCUGGGACAGAUGCUAAUGUGUUCCUGAGCAUCUAUGGCAUAGAAAGAGGAGACACGGGUGAGCGCCAGCUGAAAAGGUCGAACAACCUCAACAAGUUUGAGAAGGGCCAGGUGGAUGUGUUCACUGUCAAAGCCAUCGACCUGGGUGAGCUGAAGAAGCUGCGGAUCCGCCACGAUAACUCUGGUGCUAGCUCAAGCUGGUUCCUGGAGAGGGUAGAGGUUGUUGACCUGAAGGAGAGCACCACGUAUUAUUUUCCAUGCCAGCGGUGGUUAGCAGUUGAGGAAGAUGACGGUCAGAUUGUCAGGGAGCUGGUCCCAGUGGAUGAAGCAUUUGUAAAGAAAGAUACGGAAAAUGAUGGCCAGUCUCUUGCAACGCUGGGCCUGGAACAGAAAGCUAAAUCAACAACAUACACUGUGAAAGUGAAAACUGGGGACAAGAAGAAUGCUGGGACAGAUGCCAACGUCUUCAUCACUCUCUAUGGAAGUAAAGACGAUACAGGGACAGUCAGCCUAAAGGCCUCAAAGAUUAACAAGAACAAAUUUGAGCGUGGGAAGGUAGAUGAGUUUACAGUGGAGUCUGUGGACAUUGGAGACCUGAAAAAAAUCAAGAUAGGCCAUGACAAUAAGGGUAAUUCAACUGGCUGGUUUCUGGAAUGGGUGGAGAUUGAUGCCCCAUCACUGGGACAGUGCCUCAAGUUCCCUUGUGGCCGUUGGCUGGAUAAAUCAGAGGAUGACGGAGCCAUUGAGAGAAUUAUCUUCCCUGCAAAACUGCAGACAACAGAAUAUAUCCCAUUUGUUCCUUAUGAGAUCACCAUCUACACCAGUGACAUCUUUGGAGCUGGCACAGACGCAGAUGUCUUCAUUGUUCUCUAUGGAAGUGAUGGGAUCUGCACUCAGCAGAAGUCCCUGUGCCUCAACAAGAGAGAGCAAAGGAUGUAUUUUGAACGGAACUCAGUGAAUCAGUUCAUUGUGGAGCUGGAGGAUGUUGGUGACAUCAUUGAAAAGAUUCGUAUAGGACACAAUGGUGGAGGACUGAACUCUGGGUGGCACUUGGACCGUGUGGCGAUUCGGAGACUGUUGCCAAAUGGAAAGGGCUCGGAAACUGUCACAUUUCCAUGUGAAAGAUGGCUUGCAAAGUCUGAAGAUGAUGGUGAGAUUGUCAGAGAACUGGUACCCUCUGACAUUUUUACUGAAAAACUCAUGAAGGAUGGGACCCUCAAGCAGAUAGAGGAAGAAGUUGAAGACCCAUUGGAAGUUCACACGUACAAGAUAAGUGUGUUCACUGGAGAUAUCUAUGGUGCUGGGACAGAUGCCAACGUUUUCCUAAAUAUCUAUGGAGAUCUGGGGGACCUGGGAGAGAGAAAACUCAGCAAAUCUGAGACGAACUUCAACAAGUUUGAACGAGGACAGGAGGAUACAUUUACUCUGCAGGCUGUGGACCUUGGCAUUUUGUACAAGAUCAAGAUUCGUCAUGACAAUAGCAUGUUCAGUCCUGACUGGUUCCUGGAAAAAGUAGAGAUCCUGGAUGAGACCACAGAGGAGUCCUUCAUUUUCCUGUGUGAGCGCUGGCUCUCCAAAAAGAAAGAGGACAAAAAGAUAGAGCGUACGCUUUAUGAACAGAGCUACGACGGCGAGCGGAACAGCCUGGAUGAUGCCUCCCUCAGCAUGUCCAGCCAGGGUAGCAACGAGAACCCGGAGGAGAGGAGAAAAUCCCGCUUGGUCAAGGCUGCAGAGGAAGGGACACUGAUCCCGUACCACGUCACCCUCACGACGGGCACAGAGUAUGACUCCAGCACCGACAGCCGAGUGUUCCUCAUCAUCAUGGGUCCUGGGAAAGUGCAGACGGAGAGGCUGUGGCUGGAUCUCCCAGAAGGAAAAGACGAGUUUGCAGAUGGAUCCAUAGAGAAAUUCUCUGUUUGGGGCUUAGAUGUCGGGGAGAUCAAAAAAGUGGAGGUGGGGCAUGAUGGUGCUACCCCAGAGAGCUGCUGGCUGGUGGAAGAGAUCAACAUCGUUGUGCCCACCAAAGGCGUCAUGUAUAACUUUGUCUGUAAGUGCUGGCUGGCCAGAGACAAAGGUGAUGGUCUCACCUCACGAAUCCUCAACAUCCUGGAUGCAGACUGCAUUAAUGUUGGCCUCAAGGUCCUCUAUGAAGUCACGGUGGUGACUGGAGACACUGAAAGUGGUGGUACAGAUGCCAGUAUUUUCAUGACAGUCUUUGGGUCCAAUGGUACAACUGAGGAGAUGCAGCUGGAAAAAAAUGGAGACAGGUUUGAGAGAGGCCAGGAGGACAGUUUCAUUAUGGAGAUCGCUGAUAUUGCACCCCUCAGGAAGAUGAGGAUCCGGACGGAUGGGAAGGGGACGCGCCCACACUGGUUCCUGGAAAGGAUCAUCCUGAAGAACCUGACUAAUAAAGAAGUGGCCACAUUUACCUAUGGUGAAUGGCUGUCAAAGCUGAAAAAUGCCAAGGGAAGUCUUGUGUGUGAGAUGCCUGCUGUGAUCAACGAUGAGCAGAUGAUGGAGGACACAACAUACACUCUUCAGGUUAAAACCAGUGAUGUUGGAGGAGCAGGCACCGAUGCCAACGUGUCCUUGAUCCUCUUUGGGGAGAACGGGGACAGCGGGACCUUGGCUCUGAAGGAGUCCAACAAGUCUAACAAGUUUGAGAGGAACCAGAUGGAUGAAUUCCACUUCUCGGACAUGCUGAGCCUGGGAGACCUCUGCAAAGUGCGGAUCUGGCACGACAACAAAGGUAUUGCACCAGGUUGGCAUUUGGAGUAUAUCGAUGUGACAGACUCUGCCAUGGACAAGACAUUUCGCUUCCAGUGUGAUCGCUGGCUGGCUAAAGGGGAAGAUGAUGGGCAGCUCAUAAGGGAACUGGCUUGUGCCAAUAAUGACAUCCUGGAACUGAAGGAACGGACCACCUACGAGGUUCUCACAGUAACAAGCGACAGAGAGGGUGCAGAAACAAAGGAAAACAUCUGGAUCAUCUUAGAAGGAAAGCUGGGCCGCUCAAAAGAAUUCCUUCUGGAAAACUCCUCGAAGAAAAGGAGAUUUGAAAGGGGAGCAACAGACACAUUUCAGUUUUCUUCAAAGAACGUGGGUGAAAUUGCAGCCAUCUGUGUUGGUCACUGCCCAAAAGAUGGGAAGAAGUCAUCUGCAAAAGCUGAUGUCUUCUGGCAUGUCCAAGAGAUUAUUGUCACAGAGAUGGAGCUUUGCAACAAGUACUUUUUCAGGUGCAACGUGAAAAUCCCUCUGCGUUACAAGAGACGGGACUACAAAGUCUUUGAGUGUGCCAAGGUCACCGAGAGCUUUGCCAGCAAAGCCCGGAGCUUGGUGCCAGUCAAAUACGAGACCAUCGUGGUCACAGGCUUUGAAAAGGGUGCGGGGACCGACGCCAACGUCUUCAUCACCAUCUUCGGGUUGAACGGGGACUCGGGCAAGCGGGCGCUGAAGCAGAAGUUCAGGAACCUCUUUGAGCGGGGCAAAACCGACAGGUUUUACCUGGAAACUCUGGACAUGGGGGAGCUGAAGAAGGUCCGGAUUGAGCACGACAACAGUGGCCUGGCACCAGGCUGGCUGGUGGAGAGGGUGGAGAUCACCAACUCGGCGACCGGGGUGACCACCAUCUUUCCCUGUGGAAAGUGGCUGGAUGAAAACCGGGGGGAUGGGUUGAUUUGGAGGGAGCUUUUCCCUAGGUACUGA